AUGACUUUUAACUAUCUUGUCAUCCCCUUCCCUUACAGAGAUGAUGAUGUUUUGUUUGUCUGCGAAGGGGAACCGUUCAUUGAUCCUCAGGCUGAUGCGCGGUCUCAUGAAGAACUAACAGGAUCCCACACAGACUGGCUAACACUCAACGUUGGAGGCCGAUACUUCACCACUACACGGAGCACUUUGGUGAAUAAGGAACCUGACAGUAUGUUGGCCCAUAUGUUUAAGGAUAAAGAUGCUUGGGGAAAUAAACAAGAUCAUAGAGGAGCAUUCCUAAUUGACCGCAGUCCAGAGUAUUUUGAGCCAAUCCUGAACUAUUUGCGUCAUGGACAGCUCAUCGUAAAUGAUGGCAUUAAUUUGCUAGGUGUUUUGGAAGAAGCCAGAUUUUUUGGUAUCGAUUCAUUGAUUGAACAUCUAGAAAUAGCUAUUAAGAAUUCGCAGCCAGCUGAGGAUCAUUCUCCCAUAUCGCGCAAGGAGUUUGUCCGGUUCCUGCUGGCAACCCCGACCAAGUCUGAGCUGCGAUGUCAGGGCCUCAAUUUUAGUGGAGCAGACCUUUCCCGCCUGGAUCUUCGAUACAUAAACUUCAAGAUGGCAAACCUAAGCCGCUGCAACCUAGCCCACGCCAACCUGUGCUGCGCCAAUCUGGAAAGAGCUGACCUCUCUGGAUCGGUGCUCGAUUGUGCAAACCUCCAGGGGGUAAAGAUGCUGUGUUCCAAUGCAGAAGGAGCAUCUCUAAAAGGGUGCAAUUUUGAAGAUCCAUCAGGCCUUAAAGCUAAUUUGGAAGGGGCUAACCUGAAAGGUGUUGACAUGGAAGGUAGUCAAAUGACAGGAAUCAAUCUACGAGUUGCAACGCUGAAAAAUGCAAAACUAAAAAACUGUAAUCUCAGAGGAGCAACUUUGGCAGGAACUGAUUUAGAAAAUUGUGAUCUGUCGGGUUGUGACCUCCAAGAAGCUAAUUUGAGGGGAUCUAAUGUAAAAGGAGCUAUCUUUGAAGAGAUGCUGACACCUCUGCACAUGUCUCAGAGCGUCAGAUAGGGAAGAACUUGCUCUAGAGGAAGCAAUCAAAACACAUACUGAGACUUUUUUCACCUGCUCUCCUUAUUAAGUUAGAAGCAAUGUUUAUUAGAAACUUAAAUUUGCAUUAGUGCCUAAGUAAACUCUUCUCUGAUCACUUUUGGGGGAGGGAGCUUUAUUUAAGAGAGAAAUAGAUACUGUUUCUAUGUGAAUAGAGUGAGGAAGUGGGCUGGUUUUAGAACCGGAAUGUGUGGCUUUUAGGUUUUUUCAAUAGAUUCAUUAUUUAGCAUUGCCUCACUUUGGAAUGCAUUUUAAUUUAUAAAGCACAAUAUAUGCAAUUCUAUUUAUUAAAUCUGUAGCUGCAAUAUGAAUAGAAAACGUUAUUCAUGUAUAGUAGCAAAAACAUUGAGGUUUACAGUUAGAUGAGUUUAUCUACAGU